AUGAUGGCGACAGGAUCAGCAUCUCGACUGGAGACUUUACCAACCGAGCUGAUCCAGCACAUCAUAGCAUAUCUGCCCCACGACUCUCCGGUUUUGCUAGGCUGCGCAAGUCGCACCCUGUACGAGAAAGUUGGCAACACCAGGGUCAAGAACACAGUGGAGCUGUGGUAUGGAUCUAGAAAUGACUUACAAAGGGACACCCCGGCUUGGGUCCCUUGCUUCAAUUGUCAGAAGUUCAGGCCUUACACAUCCGAACAUGCCUGGCCAUAUCUUAAACUGCACCGAGAGAAAAGGCACAUACCGUCCACAGUAUACGGGCUUUCCUUCUUCCUGGACCGCAAAGUCACCGAAUACCUCAAGUACCAGGGCCAUUUUCCCUUCUGCUCUGCGCUGUUGACCUGCGCCGGAACAUGCCACAAGCCUUUAUCUCCAGCCGACCGCUCCACUCUCGAAGGCACCGGCUUCGACAGCCUUGAUGCUACCCUCGGACUGCCAAUCCAGUACAAGGCCUCGCCUCGGAUAUACGCCUACCGCGCCAAACACAGCGUCAUCGUACAUAUCCGCUACCGCAUCUCCACGCCGCACCCCUGGACGUCCUUCACCACCCCCCAGCGCUACGCCAUCCUCCGCGGCUUCUACCUCUGCCCCCACACAUAUGCGUCGAAAGUGCAGCAUCGCGACAAGACUGAUCCAACGUACCCCGCGGACUCUUCCAUCGCGCAUUGGCUACCGCAUCAGGGCCCCGUCCCCGAAGCGCAGUGGCGUUGUAAGCAUUGCCCGUCUGAAUUCGUCAGCAACUUCAAAACCACGGACGAACGGGGGCGAAACCAGCUCGUAUUCGAUGUGUGGAAGACGACGCUGAAGAGGUGCAAUGAGGGUGUGGCGGAGAUGACGCUGUGUAAGACCCAGGGGGCGGUCGAGAUGGUGGUGCAAACGAACCUUAGGACUGCGUGGGAAAGGGCCGAAGCUAUAUAG